AUGGCGUACAACGGAGCCCUGCCGCAGACUCUCAAGUCCAUUACGGCUACCAAGAUUACCGAGCUGGCCAAGCAGCGUGCACUGUUCGACGAGCGCAAAAAUGAGAUCCUCUCCGCCGCCAAUGCUGCGCCGGAUUUGCGAGCUCGCGCCCAUGCUCUGUUAGACGGCCUGUCACGCCUGAAAGGCUAUCCGAAAGACGCGCUCGACAAGGAUGACAUGGACCUGGAUGUCGACUCGUCAGGCAAUGAUUCCGAUUCCGAAGCCGGCGAUAUUUACUCCCCCGGAAUGGGUCAACUGCAUCACGCCGAUCACACGAAUAUUCGGCGCUUUCUCUUACAGGGCCGCUACGAUGCGUCGAUCUCGGAAGCAACAAUCCGCGACUGGAUUGUGCAACUUGAAAACGAGCUACAAUACCUGGAGCUCAAGCACGAGCAUGCUGACUUCUACAGUAAGCUGGUGACUGAAUGGCUGGAGCAUCUAGAUCAACGCAUUACGUUGCCAACAGCGGACGAUACAGACGACACCGCAUCGAGCAAGUCCGCAACAAGCUUUGAGAACGUCGGUCGCGCAGAAAUGCAUGAACAGCGAGCUACAUGGGAAUCCCUAGUCUUUUCACCUGCCAUAUCUGUCAACUAUGUCAAGAUCCGCGAUUAUCUUGACGGCCUCUUCACCAAGACCAAGUUGUCUCGGGAGGCUCUCAAGCUCCUGAGAGAGAGCAUCCAAAGGUUUGGGACAGACCUCGCCGCUAAACAAGAGUGGCUUGAUGUUAAUGAGCUUACGUGGGUUUCAAAGGCGUUGAUAAAGACCGACCUGCUCAGCAACGAGAAGUCAACCAUCUUGAAGGAGUUCAUGCGGAAUAAGGAAGUCCUACAGGAGGUGGCGGAUGUGCUCAAUAUGCGCCUCGCGUCCCUUGAAAGCUGGAAAUGGGACAAGCAGGGCAUUCCCGUUGAGAUGCGCCGCCAGCUCAACGGCAAGUACCGUGUUUUUAUGGACGAAGAUCUUCUCGACAGUCUUCUGCUACAGUAUCUAGGGACUACCUGGGCUGUCAAGCUGCGAAAAGUAUUUGAGAGCUUUCUGCACUCUCAUGCGUGGUUGGAAAUGCGAGAGGACAUUCCUGCCGAGUACACAAAGAGGCGCAAGUAUUUCCUGGGGCCACGAGCUGCCCCGGGUCUGCAGACCGUGAAUGAACUCCGGAAGCAGACGUACGAAAAGGAGUAUUUCAUGAGCCAGCUUCCUACUUCUACAGACGAGGGUGCAAGAAAGUACGAUGACGAUGGACCGCAGACCAAAAACGCUCUUCAGACAAAACACUCCCUUCUUCAUCUCCUCGUCACCGAGUCCAUUAUUCACAAAACUCAGCGCGGCGAGUUCACAGCUGUCCGUUCUGAUUUCCAGUGGUUCGGACCUUCGAUGCCUCAUUCAACAAUCCUCACAGUGAUGGAUUACUUUGGCGUGCCAGAGAUGUGGCUGAAUUUCUUCAGGACCUUCCUCGAGGCUCCUCUACGUUUCGUUCAGGAUGGUCCAGAUGCGCCUGUUCAAGUUCGCAGACGAGGCCUCCCGAUGAGCCAUACACUCUCCGACUGCUUCGGGGAGUCUGUCCUUUUUUGCAUGGACUAUGCGGUAAACCAAGCCACCAAUGGAGCAUUCCUUUACCGGCUUCACGACGACUUCUGGUUCUGGGGCACAGAGUAUGGCUGUGUGAAAGCUUGGAACUCCAUGUCAGAGUUUUCCAGCAUCAUGGGCCUCACCUUCAACCAGGAGAAGACUGGAACUGUGCGCAUGACCAGCUCUGAGCCCACAGAGACUCAAGCCAUGGCACUCCCUGUCGGUGACAUCCGUUGGGGUUUCUUGGUUCUUGAUGCGAAGCAGGAAAGAUUCAUCAUCGACCAGAAACAAGUAGAUCAGCAUAUCGAGGAACUGUCGCGACAACUCGCGUCUUGCAAGAGUGUUUUUGCCUGGGUUCAAGCAUGGAAUGGCUACUUUGGGCGCUUCUUCGCCAACAACUUCGCCCGGCCGGCGAUGUGCUUUGGACGAGACCACAUCGACAUGGCGAUAUCGACAUUAAGCCGUAUUGAGCGAACACUCUUUGGAAAAGAUUCAAGUGACACUUCCCAACCCAGUGGCGUCGCGGACUAUCUACGAUCGGUGAUCGCAGACCGAUUCAACAUCCAUGACCUUCCAGAGGGGUUCUUCUACUACCCUGCCGAACUGGGUGGCUUGGGUCUUCUCAACCCAUACAUUCGGCUCCUGUCUAUGCGCGAAAACAUUCAGCAAACUCCUCAGCGACGACUCCAAAAGGCUUCGCUGAGCGAUGAGGGCUCUUACAGGAUUGCCAAAAACAACUUCGAGAAGAACGGACCCGAGUAUGGCACCACCGCGUGGCGCAAUGAGCAAGGAGAGCCGCUUCCUUUUAUGUCGUUCCGCGAGUACUCUCAGUACCCAGAGACCUACAGCUCGGCCCUCCAUGAGGCGUACAAGGAUCUAAUCGAGGUGCCACACGAGAAGAACGUGGCUGCGACGGCCGGGUUCGUCAAGAGCCAAGCAGGGUUGAGAAAUUCCUCGGGCAAGUUGAGCAAGAAGAGUGCCAUUUCUGCAAACUCAAGGAACAUGACUCCUUACUGGCGCUGGGUGGGAGAACUGUACCAUGGCGAGAUGGUGCGUACCUAUGGCAGUCUAGCAGCGGUUAAUCGGGAGUUCAUGCCGCUGGGGGUGGUGAAGACGCUUCAAGAGGGCAAAUUUCGGUGGCAGGGCUGA